UUCCUAUGCAAACGUGUCUCAGUAGAGUACAACACAGCACAGUCAGACGGUUGCAGUAAAUACAGUGCUCCAGAGGCGGAGUUUGACCUCGCAGCUCUGAAAACAUCACUAAUCCAAUAUUUCAGGUGCGGAAGCCGACCAUUGCUCAAACUGCAACAGAAACACACACGACUCUUAAAAUCGGUAUACUGCAAGUGAAUGGGAGGGCUUGUGACAAGAACUGGAAUUCUGAUUGAAGAAAGAGUCCGUAACCGUAAAGACGAUUACAGCUAAAUUGUUACACGUGCUAUUCUCUUAGUUAUUUGGUUUAAUUUAUAACGCGACAUCUAAUAAUUUUAACCACGCGCAACGACUGCUGGAAUUGGGACACUAGGCUACGUCAGUUUCCACUCUGGUUUCACUGAAACUCCAGCCGUUCCCAGUUCAAGAACUAACACAAAAUACAUUUGGAAGAUCCUGCUGAUUUCCUACCUUGGAUUUACCUACUGCUGGAUAUAUUGGUCAUUCUUUAAAAAGAUCAGACCCCAUUGACAUACAAUGGCAAGCGCUGCCUGGAUAGAUCUUCGCUAUGGAUGAAGCUUGGAAAGGCCGAUCAACUCCAUUUGACUGCCCUAUAACAUCCUGGCAAUGUGGAGAGCCCCCAGAGGCACUGAAUCCCCAGUGCAGAAUGAUCCAGGCUGGAGAAUGCCUAACACCCCUACUUCAGGAGUUAAACAGCUACGCAUAAGAAAUAUCGGACUAGCGAUCGGUGACGAAAUAAUUUGGUCUGGAUUCCAGACUUCCUAGCUAGGGACUUUCUGAAAAAUUUCUCCCGGUUUCUGUGACAUUUAAGACCUUUCCAAGUUGUGGACAAGGUAAAAUCACCUUUCUCUCAAGCUGCGGAGAGGUGGGAGUAGUCGCCCAUGUGUAGCAGGACAGUAACUGCUGCUAGCGGAAUAACGUAGCCUCAGACUGUCUGGGGUUCCUCUCAACGGGACGAGGGAUCCCACCGCUACCACCAAGCCCCAGUCUGCCUCACCGAGUGACUCCACUCACGUCAAAAGGCAGACCCUCUAUCCAAUGGCAUGGGUCAAGUUCUUCAGGAAGCCGGGGGGCAAUCUCGCCAAGUCCUACCAGCCGGGGAGCAUGCUGUCUCUAGCCCCCACCAAAGGCCUGCUGAACGAGCCGGGGCAGAACAGCUGCUUUCUCAACAGUGCGGUGCAGGUACUGUGGCAUCUGGACAUCUUCAGACGCAGUCUGAGGCAGCUUCCUGGACACUUCUGUCUCGGAGACUCAUGUAUCUUCUGUGCGUUGAAGGGCAUCUUCUCCCAGUUCCAGCACAGUCGGGAGCGCGCCCUGCCCUCAGACAACCUGCGUCACGCCCUGGCCGAGACUUUUAAGGAUGAGCACCGCUUUCAGCUGGGCUUCAUGGACGAUGCUGCCGAGUGCUUCGAGAACAUUCUGGAGAGGAUCCACCUGCAUAUUGUGCCUGAGGAGACAGAUGCCUGCACCUCCAAGUCCUGCAUCACACACCAGAAGUUUGCCAUGACACUCUAUGAACAGUCUGUCUGCCGUAGCUGUGGGGCAUCCUCUGACCCCCUGCCCUUCACUGAGCUAGUGCAUUAUGUCUCCACCACUGCCCUCUGUCAACAGGUGUAUCAGAGGCGGGAUGAGUCAUUUGGAGAGCUGCUGCAAGCGGCCAGUACCAUCGGGGAUUCCCGUAACUGUCCGAGUAAUUGUGGCCAGAGGAUCAAGAUCCGCCGCGUCCUCAUGAACUCUCCAGAGAUCGUCACCAUCGGUUUCGUGUGGGACUCGGACCAGUCAGACCUCACAGAGGACGUAAUUCGCUCGCUGGGGCCACACCUCAACCUUUCUGGGCUCUUCUACCGGGUGACAGACGAGCACGCAAAAAAGGGAGAGUUGCUCUUGGUGGGGAUGAUUUGUUACUCCAGCCGCCACUACUGUGCCUUUGCCUUCCACACCAAAUCCGCCAAAUGGGUCUUCUUCGACGACGCCACCGUCAAAGAGAUUGGGACCCGGUGGAAAGACGUGGCCACCAAAUGCAUCAAAGGCCACUUCCAGCCCCUCCUCCUAUUCUACUCCAACCCAGACGGCAGCGCCAUCUCCGUAGACGACGCCUCGCGCCAGAACUGUGAUCAUUCCCGCUACAAGACCCCCGUCAACGGAGACGUCCAAGCGCCUGAGUCUACAGUUCCAGGCCCCAAGAAGCUGGACCUGACCAGGGAGAACCUGAAUGCCCUGCUGGGCCUUGGCGGCUUGAAACAGAAGAGCCAGAGCCCAUCUAUCCAUAGUUCCACCUUUACCAGGGGCAGCGGCCAGACUAGCGGGGGCCGAGGACCAGUGACACUGGGCACCAGUGAUCCUAAGAGCCGUCUGAAGGACAUAUCCAGAGAAGUGGCCCAGAAGGCAGUGGAAGUCCGGGGGAUGCACCCCACCAGGAGAGACCAGGACAAGAUGGAGAGGAGGAGACGGGAUGCCCACUACAGAGAUCCAAUCCCAGAGAGGUACUCACGCUCUACCUCCCCACCGGAGAAUGGCUUCAAGCAGUACCUGGAUACGCACAUGUACGCCAGCCAGGGCAAAGGGCCCACCAAGACAGAGAGGACCCCCCACUUUGGCGGCAGGUCCUCCUCACACGAGGGGCCUCCUCGCUCCCACUCCAGGGUCCAUGUACAUCCAGCCCCUCCCAGCAGUAGGGGCUUCGGUGGCGGUCAUUACAGCCGGAGACUGGAGCAGCUCUCCAAUGGCUAUGACACAGACAGCAGCCGGGAGGGCAGCCGUAAUGACAACUCCAGCUCCAGCAGCAGCAGUAGUAGCAGCAGGCCCAGUCGGCCAUGGAAGCCCAUGCGUGAGGUGCUAAAUGUGGAUAGUGUGAUUAGCGGUGGUGGUGGAGGGGGUCACGAGCACCGGCAGCACAGCCCCCACCGGAGACCUUCUAGCCAGGAGAGGACGCCACCCCCCAACAAAAAAGACAUGGACAGGGACUUCACAUGGGGUGGGCGUGAAGAGCACAAGCCCAAGAGCCUGAUGACCAUCUAUGAGGAUGAGCAGCGUCCUGAAACGGGCGGCAGCCGCAGUUCGGUGGAGUCGGAGGGAAAGGACAGGUCAAAGGGCACCACUGUGAUGGCGAACACACUAACGGUGCACAGCGACAACUGGAGCAUCCAGCGCACAGAGUCAGGAUACGAGAGCAGCGACCGGCUUAGCAACGGCUCGGCCAACCUGGACUCACCCGUGGUGGAGAACUUUAUGUCCAAAGAGCUGAGGCCCAUACCUGAGGUUCACCUGACAAGGGACCCUUUCUCUCACCGGAGAGGAGACGACUCCAAGGCCCACAUUUUGCACUCCUCCUUCUCAUAUGGUGAACACCCAACAAAGUCUCCGGACCUGCAAGAUACGCAUCUCCUCAAAUUGAGUCCAAGAUUACAAAGAAGACGAGCCUUCCGAUAUACGCCUGGAAUUCUGGAGAGGAGGGACGGUAUGGAUGACGAGCAGGAGGAUAAUGUCGAUGGCAGCCCCAGCCUGGUCAGCCCCUUUCCCUCAUACCUGGCCAAGACCAGCUCAGAGUGGAACAGCUCCGACAACCUCGCUGGGCCAUUCUCCGAACAGGAAGAGACCAGGCCACUGGUCCCCAGAGAACCCUCCCCCCAACUCCAUUACCAAAACCUAGCCCCGCCUCUCCCCCCAAAGACUUACGCCCACCGAUCGACAGACCAGUCGGGUUUCCGCUCUUACCAGCUCCAAGAGCCCUCCCGGACGAGCCCCCCGGAACGAGAGCAAAAAUGGUCCGAUCCUGUCCCUCUCCCACACCACCCUCCACAGGUGGAUCGAGACGCCCUCCGAGCACAAGCUCUCGUCUGAUGCAAGCUCCAAGUCAGGCUCGUCGGACCAGGACCGGAACGAUCUGUCGGCCAGUGAGAGUGGAGAGGAGAGGUUUCCCAGCCCAAGGCCAGGGGAUGACAUAGAUGGCCUAGACUCCCCGAUCACACGGGGGAUGGUUCUCCCCAUGGUCCUCCCCACCACGUACUUCUCCGUGGACAACUGUAUGACCGACACAUACCGGGCCAAGUACCACCAGAGGUCCACCUUAUACAGGGACACUAAAGAUGGGGAACAACCCGCGGUGUCUGGUGAGAGCGACCUGGGAGAUGGGUGGCUCCCCAUCCCUGAGGCCCAACCUGCAGAGCUCCCCAAGAACCGGCCUGAAUCAGGUUACUCCACCAGUAAACAUACUGCAAAAUGGAAUCCUGUAACACCCAAAGGACUUGAUGAACAUGGGUUUCUAUGAUAGAGACUCCUGUUGAAGGGCCUGGUAUGAAAGCCACAGUUAAAACAAUCAUCUCCUCCUACAAGUUUUGAAACCUUCUUAUGAUGAUGCUUAUUUGUACAGAUCUCAUAUCAUAAAGUCCAACAUGAAUCUGGAACGCCAAAGAGAUUGCUAACUCCCAAAGGCAGUAACAACUAGUCUGAAGAGUACUUUUCAGUUCAGCAGUAGUCACAGGAGUCUUGCGCCACCCCGCAGAACAGUCUUUCUGCAGAACAAUCUUAGUACCAUUGUGAUUGUGGCCACUAGAUGGCAACAGCAGUAAUUGUGGAUUUGCACAGUAGAAAGCCCCCAAAACUACCAAAAAAGGAUCUAAACCUAGGAUGGAUAUUGGUCUACGCAUGGACCUCCUCGAACUUACUUCCAAGGUCAUCCACUGAGUUGAAUCACAGAAUGUCUCCCACGAAGCCACUUUUUCCCCUUAAGAGAUUAUCAAAUAAAAUACCCUUAACAAUGACUCUAACCCAUUUACAAUUUACGCAGAUAAUUGAUGGAAUGCUUGUAUUUCUUUCUGGAAUUAUGCUAAUUUCAGCGUUAUACGGUUACUGUGCUACUUCUGCCUAUGUGACAAUGCAGGGUGAGGUAGAUAAGCCUUGAGCAGGUUUUUAGUUUUAGUCUUCAGUGUGGAUUCAUUCAUUCAUGGAAUAAGAUGUUUUUUCAGUUUGUGGACACUAGGGCUGGCACAAUUACCGUUUAACUAUGUGACCAACGAUUAUGGAUUGACUGUCAUGAAAAUAAAAUAUCUGUCAUAACUGUAAAAAAAUAUAUACAUUUGCAAACAAACAGAAGACUGAAGACUGGGCGGCUGGGCAUUCCUGCAGUUGAGUCCCUUUCUGUGGUAAUAUGGACUCUUAACAACGUGAUGAAACUUGGUUGCUUCUUGCUGAAACAAGCAAGGUGGUGCCUAUGCAACGCACCCCACAAUGCAGCAGCACACAUAGAAAUAGAAUGAAUAGACCAGGCUUGGAACCUCUAAUCCUGGCAAUUUGACUGGUAAACUCAUGGGUAAACUCGAUGGCUGCCUGGUAUCGUGAUGCAAUAUUUUCAAUGGUUAUGUAGAUUGUUCAUUCAAAUGUGACUCAUGCAAUGAAAUGUAUUUUUUGUAAUGUGAGUUGAAUCAACAAAUCACAACACAUAUUGAUGGGUACUCUAGGUUGAAUAUAAUAUAUAUAUCUUUACUUCCUACGUUGCACAAAGAUUGUGGAUGAAUGAAGAUCGUUCACUCGGGCCAUUUACCAUAGAUUUUUUUUUAUCAGUUCCUGUCUACUUAAGGGGGUGGCUCUCCCAUAGACACCAAUGCAAUAGCAUCUGGGUCUGGUCUACUUGGUUCAUUGACUUCCAUUUAAAACAAAAAAUGUGAAAGUUGGAUUUUUCACUUCAUCUUCCUUCUCUGUGUACACUCGCCUCCAGUCCACCCAUUAUGCGAUAAUUGACUUGAAUGGAGACACCUGUUCUAUGCAGUAUAUAUAUGUAUAUGGCAGCACAAGCAGUCAGGAGCCGAGAAAAUGUGCAUUUAAAUAAUAUAUGAUUAUUUUUGCUGUUCUAACGUUAUUACAGAGACUGCGGUUAUUUGGCUGGCCAAUUGCCGUCAUCGGAAAUUGAUCGUCACAGCCCUAGUGUACACUCAUCCAUUGUUUUUGUAAGAGCCAGUUGGGGAAGACGAGAAGCUCUAAGGAUUCCUAAAGAUUUAUAAAAUGAUUUAUUAUUUUGUAUUUUAAAAAUGAUUAUAAAUGAUAUUUGAUCAUUUAAAUGAUAUUCUGAUUUCAUCUCUUCAGUUUGUGUUGGAAAGGGAACGUUUAACAACGAAGAGAAAAAAAUACUAAAUGUGGAUAUAUUUUUUUUUUGUGUGUGGUGGUGGUCUUUGAGGAUAAAUAUUUUGCUAGCUAAGCCAGCCAUGGUUAGGCCCUCAGAAACGAGACAUCUGCCAUUCAACAGUGACAGGGAAGACAACUAAUCAUAUUUUGACUGGGUAGGACCGUUUUUACAGUAUUGUUUUAAACUUCCGCUUUUUCAAAGGCCUAGACACUUCACUCCUGAUAGUAUGAGCAGUAGCCUAGUUCUCCCACGGUCUAGCUAGCUUUUGUUGAGGUGUGCAGCGGCUGCAGCCACAACUUAUCGAUGAGGAUGUUUUUUUCUAUUUUUUUAACAUCACCCUUCAAUAUGAACUUUUUAAGAAGAUGUUAAGUUUCACAUUUUCAUAGUUUGGUGAGUGUCACUGUUUUUGCAGCACGCGUGUUGUUAGCUAUCACUUUGAAAAUAUGCCCGUGAAACAUUGUUGCAUUUACACUUUAGAUCACUGGUUACUUUGUGCUUAACGUGAUAAAAUGUUUGCAAUAGGAAGUAAUAGUUGUACAUUUAAUGGUUGUGUUUUUGGUUAUGAUUGGGGGCUCCUGACACCUUUCGAUAUGUCACUUAUCGCUAGGCUAUUGCUGAUAACGAUGGUGUUAGGCUGCCACAGAUUGUUUAAACUGUUGUUGUUGGUCGCAUUAUUCCGUGAUGGCGUGACAGCCUGAUGCGUGGCUCAGGUCUGUUUGAUUAAUUAAUGAUGUCAUCAAAAAACAUUGCUACUCUUGCAUUAGAGUUAGUGUAAAUUAAGUGUAAAUGUUACCUUUUUUUUGGGGGGGGGGGAAUGUUUUAACCCAAAUAAAGUCCAAUAGUCAUGGUUCGUAGGAGCACUACUUUAAAAUGGAUCCCAAGGGUCCCCUUAUGUGGCCACCGAGGUGUUGGGUGAAUCUGUUCUAGUCAGAGGUUGAAUGCGAGUUUAGUGAUUGUUAGGAGAGAAACGUCUCAAUUUAUUGGCACUGGCACAGUAUGUUAUCUGCCUUUCAACUGUGUAUUCACUAGGAAGCAAAUUGCCGAAAAGGGGAGGGACUAACCAGACUUGUCCAAUAAGAAUCGCAAAUUUUCAUAAACAUUCGCUGCUGUGUUUUAUAAGUUUUUCUAUUCCUAGUUCGGAUCGCAAUCACUCCUUUCUAGAUAUAAGCUUAUUUGUCUGCUCCUGUCCAUACUGGGUAGUAUGUUAAAGGUAUGUUAGGUCAAACCAUGCUUCUAUGUAUUUGUCUUCUACUCCUGCGUCAAAUACAUGUGUCAAAUAAUUUAGGUGUGAUUCAUUUAGUUUUCCCCAUACAAUUGAACCAAUAUAAUUUGUUCCAAAAAUCCAAACUCCAAGCUAAAUCAAGCCCACCUCAAACUGGUAAGUAUUUGACAUGUGAAUUUGACCGAGGUCUGUUGGUUUUUCUAAUCUGAAGCCUAAACCUCAAGGAUGGAUUGAGUAAUGGAUUUUUAUAGUUUCUUAAUGAGGUAGAAAAGGCCUGCUUUUCCACAGGUAUUGUGCUUGACCCCCAGAGAUGAUCACAUUGGCUAGUGAUGCUGUAAAAAGUUAUAUUUAUGAUUAUUUCUGUUGUCAUAUGUUUUAUAUAUUGCUCGGCAGACUUCACUGCACAGUGCCUUUUCUAUUUUUCUAUGUCGAGGAGUUGAAAUAGGAGCCAUUAUUUGUACAAAACUGCUUUUAUAACAUUUGAUUUAAUUUUUGAUUAAAAAUUGUUUAAUAAACCAUUUUAUUUAACCAUA